AUGGUGGGAACCCGAGAGAACACCGAAAGAGCUGUAGAUUGUUCGGCGGACUUUCAGCUCAUUUUUGGCUCUCUAGAUAGUUUCUUUGAUUCGAAGUAUGCUCAUAAGCACAUCACAACCGUGUGCUUUCGAGGGGAGAAGGACGCCAUCGUCUGCCUAAAGGCUCUGGCUGCUGAAGUUCACAAUCAGCGCGGCUUCGUGGACUCUAAUUCGCGCACUUCUCUCCUUAUUUGCAACAAACAGGAACGAGAGGACGGUGCACCGAGUUGGAUCUUUUGGGAGGAAGACAAAGCCAUUCAGAACACAGUACCGAGGAUCGCGGUGCUGGUGGAGUCAUCUGACCUGAUAGAGUUGAGGAAGAAAGCUGCCUUCUAUCUUCAGUGCCUCAAUCUGAUUGGAAAGCUGUUCGACGAAUUCGGCGGGGACCUGGAUUGA